AUGUUAGUAAAUUCAAAUAUUACUAAUUUUAAGCCACAGUCAACACCAUCAUCAACUCCAAAUUCAGCUAUUUCAUGUUCAUUACAAGACAAUUCAACUCCACGUUAUAUUCCCAAUCAAAAAGAAUAUAAUUUGACUCCAAAACUAGAUCAUGGUUAUGAAAAAGAUGGUACUAAUAUUGAUUUACCUUUUGAUUCGGAAUUUUAUCAAUUGAUAUUAAAACUUAAAAAUUUGUUAAAAGGUAAAGGAUUAUCUUCAGAUGAAAUAGAUAUUGAAAAAUGUAAAAAAGUAAUGGAAAGUUAUAAAUCUAAUGAAUUUGAUUGGGGGAAAUUUGCAUUACAUGAUUCAAGUAGAAAUUAUUCAAGAAAUGGUAUUAUUAAUUUAAAUGGUAAUGCUAACUUAUUAAUACUUGUUUGGUCACCAGGUAAAUCAUCAGCUAUACAUGAUCAUGCUAAUGCUCAUUGUUGUAUGAAAAUAUUAAAAGGUGAUUUAAUUGAACAUUUAUAUGAUAUACCUAAAAUUGAAGGUGAAAGUAAAUUAAUAUGUAAACAACAAACAUUAUUAAAAAGGGAUGAAGUUGGUUAUAUAUCUGAUUCAAUUGGAUUACAUAAAAUUUCAAAUCCAAAUAGUGAUGUAAGUGUAAGUUUACAUUUAUAUACUCCACCUUAUGCUUCAUUAUAUGGUUGUUCAAUGUAUGAAGCGUCAAAUGGGAAAAAACAUCAUGUUGAUAUGUCUAAAUAUUAUAGUUGGCAAGGUAAAUUAAUAAAUGAAAAGAAUUCAUCAACUUGUUAG